AUGCAAAUGCAAAUGCAACAACAUCCUUGCCUAGCUGAUAAUUAUACACAUAACGUCCACAUCAUACCUAACUGCAGUAGCAGAGUAUCAUUACAGUCAAAUAAUUCUACUAGUAGCUCACCAUACUCUAACAACUUUACUCCAUAUAGUUAUAGUCCACCUUCACUAGAUUCACCAUCAUAUUCGAGUAUCCAACAACAGUUCGGACCAACAAAUACAACGACAUUUACGCAUUUCCUGCAGUCAGUUCAAAAUAUGAGUAAUGAAUGGAACACAAAUUCUCAGUAA